AUGAUGAACUUCGAAGUUAGCACCAAGCAAAUUGGUGUUGAUCUCACCGCUUUUGGUGCGCCCUUCAUAUUUCUUAGUAUUUUGAUGUUUCUUGAUGCAGCACUGCUAGUUACUGGAAAUGUAGGUGGCAUGACCGCGUUGCUGCUGCCGACGUUGCAGCACAACCAGCAACAGAGCAAUGAAACACCUCUAGGAAGCGGAACCUUAAAUUAUCGCAGUCAGAAAAAGAUCCAAGCUGUAGAAUGCAGUGGUGAGUGCUGGAAAACCUUGGCGGAGGUGAAGAGAUAUUAG